AUGGACGAUCUCGAUCUUCCCCCAGUCCCCCAGUCUGCUCGCAGGGCAGCUCAGACACCGCCUCGGCCUUCGUUUCUGCUCUCCCGCAAACGGACUCGUGCAGACUACGACGACGAGCCACCUGCCACCUCGAGCGAUCCGGCGUUUUUCUCGAGCGACGAGCAGGCACCGGGCGCCGAGAACUAUGUCGUCGUCGACAAGCGGAAGAAACGCACCUACAAGGGCUCCUGGUGGGAGCGGCACCCUGUCAAGGAAGGGAGCAGGCACAGUACACGGAAACGCGAGUUUCAGAGGAACUAUGACUCGGGUAUUUUCAUGGCCAGUGAGGGGUCUGAGGAGUCGGAAGAACCCUUGUCCAGCGACUCUUUCUCCAUGGAGGAGGAGUUGGUCAGAGACCAGCAAAGAGCGAACGAGAAGAGUCAAACACAGCCACAUCUGUAUGGAAGUGCUUCUGGACCGGGCCAGUCUCAUGGCACACCAAGGUUAAAAUUUCCGCCCCACACCACGCCCACUAUGCCCAAGGAGCAUGAACAUGUGUGCGAGAUCGUCCGGCAAUGCUUGGAGACGGGCAAGGAAGAUGUGGACUUGUCUUCCAUGUCUCUAUCCAGCCUGCCGUCCGAAAUCACCACGCUCCAAACACUCAGCAAGCAAGACGAAAUCGUGCCCGGUAUGCUCGACAUCGGCACCGACCUGGAGCCACAUCUGCGUUUGUAUCUGGGCAACAACCUAUUCACCAAGGUUCCCACGCCGAUUCUCGAGUUGCGGAACCUGCGUGUCCUGUCACUCCGGCAGAACAACCUGACAUCCAUCGCACCCGGCAUUCGGGAACUGGUUAAUCUGGAAGACCUAAACGUGGCCGGGAACAACUUGACCGAGUUGCCCUUUGAGGUCCUCGAGCUGAUGAGAUUCCACAAGUUGCACCAGCUCAGGACUGAACCGAACCCAUGGAAACGGAUCCAACCUCCAGUCGAAAAGGUCCUGGAAACCCCCCUUCCAGCCUCCCAUGACCAACGACCCUCGCCGCACACCCAGUUGGAUUUCAUUCUGGAAGGAUCUUCACAACGUCACAACGGGUCCGACCUCAAUGUUGAGAGAGGCUUCGGCAAAGUGCCCUCGUUGACCGAGAUGGUUCUGCGACUGCUGGCCAAAAUCAACGUGCAGUCCAAGAUCGACUUGAGGAGUUUCAUGCCGCCAGACUCGCCCAGCACUGUCCUCCGCGACUUGGGCAUCCUUGUCAAUCAGCCCGACCGGAGAUGCACAACUUGUAGACGGCCGAUCGUGCUGGCUGGCAAGGAGUGGAUUGAGUGGUGGGUCAUCGUGGACAACGCUCAGUCGGCCUCGGCCCAGCGCCGUCCUUCCCUUCCAUUCAGACGUGUCCAAUGCUGGCACGGCUGUCGUGGCACAAAGGCUUCACUGCCUGAAGAGCCGCUGAGGCAAAUCGAGUCUCUACGAUUGGAGAGCGCGGCUUCGGUGCAGGCCUGA